GUUAUGUUUUCAUGCGGACUGUUUUAGGCUGUGUUUCUAACUCUGCGUGUCCCGCAGUCUCUUCCACUCAGUGGGCUGUUCUACAGACCAAACAUAGCGGCUUUUAACCAACAGACUGGCUACAUAGUCACGUUCCGUGGGUUAAAAACAGUUUUUAAAAGCACUUAGCUUCUUUAAUAGUCUGUGGUGGAAAUAAACAAGAAACCUUACCUGUUGUCCUCAGCACGGAGAGCAGGAUGGAUGCGAAGGUAAAGAAACAGAAGAAGCACCAGCAGAAGCACAGCGGACCAAAAGCAGAAAAGAAGAAAGCCAAGAAACAGGAGGGAUUGGUAGAAGAAGAUGAGCGCAAACGUAACCCCAAAGCGUUUUCAGUUCAGUCUGCUGUCCGCAUGGCCAAGACCUUCCACAGGGCCCAAGACAUAAAAACUAAAAAGCACCACAUCCCUGUGGUGGACCGAACCCCCCUGGAGCCUCCUCCAGUUGUGAUUGUGGUGGUUGGACCCCCCAAGGUGGGAAAGAGUACCCUGAUCCGCUGCCUGAUCAAGAAUUUCACCAGGCAGAAGCUUGGAGAUAUAUGUGGACCUGUGACUAUUGUGUCAGGUAAGAAGCGUCGGCUGACGUUCAUGGAGUGUAACAAUGACAUCAACGCGAUGAUCGAUCUGGCUAAGGUGGCAGACCUGGUGUUGAUGCUAAUUGAUGCUAGCUUCGGCUUUGAGAUGGAGACCUUCGAGUUUCUCAACAUUUGUCAGGUUCAUGGUUUCCCUCGUAUAAUGGGUGUCCUGACUCACUUGGAUUCAUUCAAGAACAACAAGUCACUCAGGAAGACUAAGAAAACCCUGAAGCACCGCUUCUGGACUGAAGUCUACCAGGGGGCCAAGCUGUUCUACCUGUCUGGGAUGGUCUACGGGGAGUACCAGACCCAGGAAGUGAAGAACCUGGGCCGCUUCAUCUCAGUCAUGAAGUUUCGUCCUCUUGUGUGGCAGACGUCUCACCCCUAUCUGCUGGUUGACCGUAUGGAGGACUUAACGGAUCCAGAGCAGGUCAGGACGGAUCCUAAAUGUGACCGGACGGUGUCUCUGUACGGCUUCCUGAGAGGGGCACAUCUGAAAAACAAAGGCCAGGUCCACAUCCCAGGUGUAGGAGACUUCCAGGUGGGAGACGUGGGCUUCCUGUCCGACCCGUGUCCACUUCCUGACGCUCGGAAGAAGAGAGCUCUGAAUGAGAAGGAGCGCCUGCUGUACGCCCCCAUGGCGGGGGUUGGGGGGCUGGUUUAUGACAAGGACGCCGUCUACAUCGACCUGCCUGCCAGCCACGUCAACCAGCUGCAGGAGGAGGCGCGCCCCACCACGGAGCUGGUCCAGUCUCUCAUUGACACACAUUCUACUCUGGACACCAAGAUGGCUGCCAGUAAGGUGUCUCUGUUCACUGGCUCAGCCACUCUGGACCCGACACACAUCAGCCAACACCAACACACCAGGGAGAAGGAGAUACUUGAGGAACAAAGUGUCUGGGAUCCCACCACCAACAGAGAGCGAAGGAAGGUGAUUUUCACCCAGGAGGAGGAGGAGGAUGUCAGCGAAGAAGAUGAUAGCGAAGGCAGUGACCAGGCUGAUGAUGAAGAUGAUGUUGAAUGUGAAGAGACGGCAGCAGGUGGUGCUCCACCCCAGAAGAAGCAGAAGCUGGAGGCAGAGACGGGAAGAUUAGGAAGCUGUGCUGAGCUGCCGGCGUUUGCAGACAGCGAAGACGAGCUGGAGAUGACUGAAGAGGAAGAGGAGGCAGGAACACCCGGAGACUCUGGUCAUAGUUCUGAAGAGAAUGAAGAAUCAGAGGAUGAGCUUACUGAUGAUGAUGAUGAUGAUGAUGGAGGUGAAGAGCUGGGCAAGCAGCAUUCUGAAAAAGAGAGUGAGGAGGAGAUGGAGGAGCAGGGUAAAUAUCCUGGGUCCUUUAGAUCUGCUUCAGUUUCCUCCACAUGUUCACUGUAUUAAUGCGUUUCUCUUUGAGCCUUUAGAU